AUGAAUAAUAUUAUUACUAAUGAAAAAAUAACUCAUGACAAAGAUCCCAAAUUCUUUAGAUAUUUAAAGAGAUUAGUUGAUGCCACAUAAAUCAAGGAGGAAGAAAGGUUCGAUGGAAGAUAAAUUAUUCAAGACUUUAUACAUGAUAAAGAUUCGAUAAUAUAUCAUAAAAAGCAUAAAAACGAGGUUGAUGUAGCGAUCCUUGAAAAAAACUUUCACCCAAGAGCUAAGAAAUAAUUUACAAGCUAUAAUAUAAGAAAUAAACAUGAUCUCUCAGAGAAAAAAGUUUCAGUUACUUCUAUAAAUUUGCUCCGAUCACAUGAAAAAUAAUCUAAAUAUAAUUUGGCAUCAAACAUCUCGAUUUAGUAGCAAUCUAGAAAUUUACUGACUCAGAUGUAUGACUAAGAAAAAAAAUAGAACAAGUCCUUGAUUUUGUCUAAUUAUCAUAACAGAGAUUAUGAAUUUGAGCUUGAAAAGACUAUGUAACUGAAUAAUAGAAGUCCAUUAAUUAAAGAUCAGAAACCACAAUUAAGAGCAAGGAUGCCUAUUAUUUUUGGUAUGAGAGAUGAAACAAGAAAUAAUUAAGGCCUUGAAAACCUCUCAAGCUUUAAUUAAAGAGCAUAAUCAAUGGUUUCUAGCGUUAUUAAUUAACAGAAAAUUAAUAGUACUUUUGAAGCCUCAAUGAUGGACGUUAACGAUUUCAAUGACAGAUCUUUGAAUAAAUAUGUAAAUGGAAUGGAUUCUUAGCAAGUAUUAGUGGAUAUUAAAUAAAGAGAACUGAACAAGAUAAAAAGGCAAUAGAACAACAACAGUGUUAUUUAUGGCAAUAACGUAUAGAGUAUUAGCAAUGUGAAAACUCAUUGGAAUAAAAAAAUUUUAGAUCCUAAAAUUGAUAAAAAUUACCUUCAUUCUGUAGUGAAGAAAGAUAGUGAAAAUCAUUUUGAAGAGACAAUAGCUGAGGCAAUGAUCAAGUAUGAUAUAAAAAACAGUGAUCUCAAAGGGAGUUUGACAAGAAAUAAAAUGCAUACCGAAAUAAAUUCGCAUAAGCAAUCUAAAAUGGUCAGAAUUAAUCCGAAUACAAUUCAAAGUGACUAUGAUAAUAGAUCAGAAAGUAAGUUGAGUCAAAUUUUGAGAAUUUCAACAGAUCUCAAAAAUGGUCCUUCUAAAUUCAAUACUCUAAAUAUGAAUUCAGAAACCUUAAACACAGUAAGUAAAACUUCAGGAAGGAAUUCAUAAUCUCAAGAUAGAAAUAAUAAUUUAAAAAAGAAGGUGAGUUCUCCUCAUAUGGUGGUAUUUGUCGAAGAUGGAGCCUACUUAGGAAGCUGCAAGUCCUUCAAAUUAGACUUAAACUUCUUCAAGGCAAAGUACUUUAUAGAACCACCAAAAUUUAUCUCUUAACUCCCAAAAGAUUUUGUGAAGAUUUAGCGAAAGUUCAAUAAAAGAGCUUACUUGGAGUUAUUAGAAUAAUGUUCAAAUGAAUUAACUGGAAAAUAAAGAGUAUUUGAAGCAAUGUACACUAUAGAUGGUGAGUUAAUUGAAAGUAUUGAUGAAAUAGAGGAGGACUGUUCUCUGAUAAUAGCAGGAAAGGACAGAUACACUUUCAAUGGAAUAUUGAAUAAUAGAUCUGGAAUGGAGGCCAAGGAUUUAAGAAUGGAAAACUCAAAGAUCAUAAAGUAAAAGCUACUAAGUUAGGAAUAGGAAUGGGCAAAUCAGAAAUAUCUUGAAUGGAUAGAAAGAAUAUGUGACAAAUUUAAUAUAGAAAACAUGCAGUUAGCCUUAGAAACGCAUGCAAAUAACUCAUAUCUCAACAGUAAUUAGGAUUAUAGAAAAGAUUUUAUUAAAAAACUUGGGGCAUAGAAUAAUGUAUCUCCUACGUUUUAAGGAGGAGGUUUUAAAAACUGCAAUGAAUUUUUACUGCCUUAGAUUACAGGAAAUGUUCAAGAAUAGUUAAGGAGGCUAAGGUCAAAUAAUUAAGAGAAAAUUAAGUUAUAAAAAGAUGGAGUAAAGUCUGCUAGAUGGGAUGAUGAAUUCAUUAAAGCACUCGAUAACUUCAAGCAAGUUAAUUCUUACAAACAGAAAAAUCAUUUCUAAAUAUCUAAACCAUCUUAGGCAAAUAUAUCAGAUAUAGGAGGUAUAGAUAAUUCCAAUAGCAAAUUAAGCCAAGGUAUCUCACCAUAUAAAAAUCAAGCAAUGGACUUUGUUAAGAAUCUUAAGAAUAUACAGACUCAAGCGGUAUAGAAAGAAAUUAAGAUUAAAACUCAUCUGAAGCAUAUUAAGUCAAGCCGUAGAGAAAAAAGUGAGACAAAUGCUACUGAUAGAAAGUUAAAUAAUCAAGCAGGGAUGAAAAAUCACAAGACUCUUUCUUAUGAGGAAUGUAAAAAACUGUCAGAUGAUUAUCUUUUACCCUGCAAAGUAGUAUAUGAGCUGCACAGUGAGUUCAAUAGUCUUGUGAUGAUGAGCAAAGAAAAAUAUAGAAAAAGAGGAGAUGAUGCAUUGAAUAAUGACAAUCAGAUUGCUGAGGAAGAAGAAGAUAAUUCUGUUGGAGAAGAAGGCAUUCCACUAGAUAUAUUUAGAGAGGCCAGUUCAAUGUUAAAGGAAAAACACCCAAUGAUAUAAGAUAGAAUACUACUAGCCAUGAAUAUUAGCAUACACGCUAAAUUUGCAAAGAUCAACUGGUAAACUUUCCUAAUGUAUAACUGCAUUAUGAAAUACUACACAGCUACUCAGAAGUAAUAUGUUCAAUUUUGGAUAGAGUUUUUGAACCCGGAUCAUCAAAGAACAAUGUCUAAAGAGGACUUUUUAGAUUUAAUGGAGAAACUUGUAAGAGGCUCCUAUACAGAGUCUACAACUUUAGUUUCUGAGAGAUUUUCAGAGCUUUUGUAUUAGACUAUUAAUGAUAAGAAUUGUUGUAAAGAAGACAAUGGGGAAAUUUAGCUUGACAAGUUAGAGAAAAAGCUUUUGAAAAACGAGAUUGAACUUGAAUACUUUAAUCAAACACUCAAGCCAAUAAUGCAUGAUCUGUUCUCAUAAUGA